AUGUCGCCAUUGCAUCCCUCCCAGGAGGUUUUCAAGGCCUCGGUCAAUGGCCGCACUCCCUACCAGGCCCGCACGGAGCUGUACAGCGCCUACUCCAUCGUCGACAAUGCCAAGGCCCAAGCCAAGCCUGGAAAGAUUGAGCUCUUCUCCGCCCAAUACUAUGCCGCUUGCACGGUUGGUGGACUGCUGGCCUGUGGCCUUACCCACGCAGCUGUAACACCGCUCGAUCUCGUCAAGACCCGCCGCCAGGUCGAACCGAAGCUGUACAAGAGCAACAUCCAGGGCUGGGGCACUAUAUACCGUGCCGAGGGCGUCCGCGGCAUCUUCACCGGUUGGGGUCCCACGUUGCUCGGCUACAGCGCCCAGGGCGCCUUCAAGUACGGCUGGUAUGAAUACUUCAAGAAGACAUACUCGGAUAUGGCAGGUCCCGAGGCCGCUUACAAGUACAAAACCGGUCUGUACUUGGCGGCCUCAGCUUCCGCCGAAGUCUUGGCUGACCUCGCCCUUUGCCCGUUCGAGGCGAUCAAGGUUCGUAUGCAGGGCAGCAUCCCGAACCCGUAUCGCGGCACUCUUCACGGCCUGAGCACCGUCGUUGGUAAGGAGGGCGUUGCCGGCCUGUACAAGGGCCUGUACCCGCUUUGGGGCCGCCAGAUCCCGUACACGAUGAUGAAGUUUGCUUCGUUCGAAACCAUUGUCGAGAUGAUAUAUGACCGCCUGCCUGGCCAGAAGGAUGAUUACGGCAAGGCCGCCCAGACCGGUGUCUCCUUUACCGGUGGAUACCUGGCGGGUAUUCUGUGUGCCAUUGUGUCUCACCCGGCCGAUGUCAUGGUCAGCAAGCUCAACGCAACCCGUGCUCCGGGCGAGGCUUUUGGAAGUGCUAUAGGCCGAGUAUACAAGGACAUUGGCUUCUCGGGUCUUUGGAACGGACUUCCUGUGCGAAUCGUCAUGAUUGGUACCCUGACUGGCCUUCAGUGGAUGAUCUAUGACUACUUCAAGAUCUUCAUGGGCUUCCCCACGACGGGUGGUGCUCCACCCCCGGCGGAGAAGAAGUGA